GGCGCUCGUUUCUCUCUCUCUCUCUCUCUCACUCCUUCAGAGGGGCGUCUCUACCCGUCUCGUUCUUUCAUUUUCGCUUUUUUCUCCCUUUGAGGCCCCAUUUACUUCGAACCCUAAAAAAUAAAAGAAGAGAGAAAGGAAAGCACCAACUUUUCUCGGGAAACAAACACACAGAUUUCCCUUUCUACAACACAAAAAAAUGCAGCACCAGAGGCUUAAACAGCAGCAACAAGCUCUGAUGCAACAAGCUCUUCUUCAACAACAGUCUCUCUACCACCCUGGCCUUCUCGCUCCUCCUCAGAUUGAGCCAAUUCCCAGUGGAAAUCUGCCUCCUGGUUUUGAUCCAAGCACUUGCCGCAGUGUCUAUGUGGGAAAUAUCCAUACACAGGUAACUGAACCACUUCUCCAAGAAGUUUUUGCAAGUACUGGUCCUGUUGAAGGCUGUAAGCUUAUUAGAAAGGAAAAGUCAUCCUAUGGAUUUGUCCACUACUUUGAUCGCAGAUCAGCUGCUCUUGCUAUAUUAUCUCUUAAUGGAAGGCAUCUAUUUGGGCAGCCUAUCAAAGUUAAUUGGGCAUAUGCUAGUAGUCAGCGGGAAGAUACAUCAGGUCAUUACAACAUUUUUGUUGGAGAUCUUAGUCCUGAGGUUACUGAUGCAACCCUUUUUGCCUGCUUUUCAGUUUAUGCCAGUUGUUCAGAUGCAAGGGUUAUGUGGGAUCAGAAGACUGGGCGUUCAAGAGGUUUUGGGUUUGUCUCUUUCCGGAAUCAACAGGAAGCCCAAAGUGCGAUAAAUGACUUAACAGGGAAGUGGCUUGGGAGCAGACAGAUUCGUUGUAACUGGGCCACGAAAGGUGCUGGUGCCAAUGAUGACAAACAAAGCUCUGAUGCUAAAAGUGUGGUGGAACUAACAAAUGGUGCCUCAGAAGAGGGUAAAGAGACAGCUAAUAAUGAGGCCCCAGAAAACAAUCCUCAGUAUACAACUGUUUACGUGGGAAAUCUGGCUCCAGAUGUUACCCAGCUUGAUCUCCACCGCCACUUCCAUUCUCUUGGUGCUGGAGUUAUUGAGGAGGUCAGAGUCCAGAGGGAUAAAGGAUUUGGAUUUGUGAGAUACAGUACUCAUGCUGAGGCAGCUUUAGCUAUUCAGAUGGGAAACACCCAGUCGAUUCUUUGUGGCAAACAAGUAAAGUGCUCUUGGGGUAGCAAGCCUACUCCACCAGGGACAAAUUCUAACCCACUGCCCCCACCUGCAGCUGCACCUUUGCCAGGCCUCUCAGCUGCUGACCUUUUGACAUAUGAGCGGCAACUAGCAAUGGGCAAGAUGGGUGGUGUCCAUGCCUUAAUGCAUCCUCAAGGGCAGCAUCCUCUUAAACAAGCUGCAAUGGGAAUGGGUGCAGCUGGAGCAAGCCAGGCAAUAUACGAUGGUGGGUUUCAGAAUGUUGCUGCUGCCCAGCAACUUAUGUACUACCAGUAAUGAUAUAAGUUAGCGCCAUACCUUUCUUACUGCCUUUGCAGGUGUUAUUCAAGUCUUAAACGAUUAGGAAAUCUUUUUUAUGUUCUCUUCAUCCUGCAGUGGGGUUAUCUGCAUAUUUAUAUCAUAUGCUUGCCAUUUGUAUGGAUGUAUACAUAUUAUGUAUUUUCUUCUUUUUAUUUUCGACCAUGUGGGGAUGAGUAUCAUCUACCAAGUAGGGUUGAGUGAUUGUGGUGAGGGAAUGAGCUGUCUAGCAUGGACACUAGUUUGCUUUAAUAGCUUUGACUGUCUUGAUAUUUCUUUGUUGUAUGAGCAUUUUAUUAAGAGUUGUUUCACAUUA